AUGUCUUCAACCAUUGAGAAGGUUCCGUCACUCGCGCACGUCAAUUCUAUUGAUCGGGAGAAGGGCGAGUUACUCGUCGAUCGCCAUGCAGACCUCGGGCUUCAACAUCUGGCCAAACAUGGUCGCGUUGAGUACUCCAUUGAGGAAGAGAAUGCUGUACGAUGGAAGAUAGAUCUUUGUUUGAUGCCAAUUUUGGCCCUCACUUUCGGACUCCAGUACCUAGACAAAGUUACCAUUAGUUACGCUGCAGUCUACGGUAUACGCAAGGACUUGGACCUAGUCGGCACGCAAUACUCAUGGGCCAAUUCCAUCUUCUAUUUUGGUUACCUCGUCGGGGAGAUUCCAUCGAACUAUCUCAUGCAAAAACUCCCAAUUGGCAAAUUUGCAUCGGCCAAUCUCCUCAUUUGGGGCGUAUUGGUCAUGCUCUGCGCUGUGUGUGAGAAUUUCGCCGGUCUCGCCACUGUUAGGUUCUUGAUGGGUGUGUUCGAGUCUUGUAUCGGUCCUUGCUGGGUCACUAUCACAGCCAUGUUCUACAAGGGACAGGAGCAAGGGACUAGAUGCACAGCGUGGUACUUUAUGGUCGGAGUUGCUGCUAUUGUGGGUGGCCUCUUGUCGUAUGGUGUUGGCCAUGUCGAUUCCAUUGCCAUCGAUCAGUGGCAGCUCGUUUUUUUGAUCUGCGGAGGCUUCACCGUUGCGUGGUCUGUACUUGUAUUCCUGUUCUUGCCUGACUCUCCACUCAACGCCAAAUUUCUUAACGAACGCGAGAGAUCUAUCGCGGUCGAACGCCUGCGGAACAAUCGGACGGGUAUCAAGACGUCGCAAUUUAAAUGGCAUCAGGUCAAAGAAGCUCUCCGGGAUCCUCAAGUAUGGAUGAUUACCCUCUGGGCUGGCAUCAGCAAUAUUUGCAACAUCGGAGGAUCUUUCCUUCCUCUCAUCAUUGAGGAGAUGGGCUUUUCAGGCAUCACCACAACGCUUUUAACUCUGCCGGUGGGCGGAACAGAGUGUGUCGCUAUGAUCGUUGCGGGCGGAGCGUCUUGGUAUUACACUAACGGUAGAACGGUAAUUAUGUUUGUGGUCGCUCUCCCAACGUUGGUUGGCACGAUUUUACUCGAAGCUCUGCCACAAUCCGCAACUUGGGGGCGUUGUGUCGGUGUUUGGCUUCUCCUUUGCGUGCCGGCAUCGUACGCUAUCCUUCUCAGUCUCAUCUCCUCUAACAUCGCAGGUUUCUCUAAGAAAAUCACUACGACUUUCAUGGUCUUUGUUAGCUUCUGCGUCGGUAAUAUUGUCAGUCCGCAGCUCUUUCUUACCUCUGAGGCGCCGCACUAUGGUACUGGUUGUCGGGCGAUGUUAGUGGCUAUCUGCCUUUGUCAGGCGCUCUCGGUCGGGCUUGGAUGGUAUUACCGGUUUCAAAACAAGAAGAGGGACAGAGUAUUGGCAGAAGCGCCUGUCGAAGCCGUCAAUGCAGCUUCGGUGGAGGAUGAGGAGUUCUUGGAUAGAACGGAUAUGGAGGACGCGCUGAAGUUUCGAUACAGAUGGUAG